CGACACGAAAAGUUAAGCGAUCGCGACAUACUUGGUCAGUAACAAUCGCGGCCAGUCUCUGUCAACACAAUCGAUUUUGAAAAAUGGCGACCCCGAAGGACCUUUUCUUCGAGGAGUUGAAGAAGGUGCAGAGGCUCUCGAGCCAGAGGUGGCGACGGUUGCUCGACCAGGAGGCGUUCCAGCUGUCCCCCUACGACCGCGACAGCCUGGAGGUCUUCAGUCAGCUGGGGCUGUUCGCCUCGAGCACGAUGUUCGCGCUGACCUGCCUCAAUGCGUGGGGCCACCAGUGGUCGCGGCCCGAGCGGCUCUUUUUCGAGCUCUGCGCCACGGUGCUACCCUGGCUCGCCACCUGGACGAUUCUGGUGGGCUGGACCAACUACGUGUCGGGCUUCUUCCUGCUGAUGACGCUGCUGUUCUGGCGCGACACGAUACGCGACCUGAUCAAGUGGAAACGCGAGGUGGUGAGAAUGAGCGAGGACGAUUACGCCAGCGGUCGGCUGGCCUUGAUGACGAAUUUCCGCGGCAUGGCGAUCCUCGUGAUGGUGCUCUACCUGAGCCUCGAGCAGUGCAGCUGCUUCCCGGAGCAGCUGAGAUUCCACCCGCGGCACUACAGCCUGGGCAAUCUGGGCCCCGGCCUGAUCAUGCUCCUCAACGGCAUGUUCGAGAUGCAGCGCGGCUACAAGAGAAACCGGCCGAGCAAGUGGUGGCGGACGACCUGGACGAUUCUGCUGCUCGGACUGAUCAACGGCUACUACGUGAUCUACGUGAAGCAGCGCUACAACGAGCAGGGCCGCCACUGGAACUUCUGGAUCUCGGUCUGGCUCGCUCGGCUGAUCACGGCCCUCCUGGCGCGGCCGUGGCUGCGCGGACGCAACUCCGCCUUCGUCGCGGGCUUACUGCUGCUCUGCCUGCAGUACUGGAACACGCGGCACAACAUGGAGGCGCUGCUGCUGAGGCCCCUGCUGAGGCAACUGCCCAGUCGGUUCUACGCCGAGCUCAACAGGGAGGGCUGGGUCGGUUUGGUGGGCCACUUGGCCCUCUACAUGUGCGGCAUCGGCACCGGCCGCUUGAUCCGACACUACGACCUGCCGCACGAGACCGAGGCGGCGAUCGAGCUCAAGGCCAACGGCGUCGCGACGUUCGCCUGGUGGGCCGGCUCGGCGGCCUUCAGCAUGUGGGUGCCGCGAGCCGAGGCCAAGUCCGAGCUGAUGGUCGUGCUCGCGGGCACGGGCUACUGCAUCUGGCUGGGAAGCGUCACCCUCGCCUCGCUGGCUCUGCUGGCCGCGAUCGAGGCCGCCUUGCGCUACAGGACCAGGACGGGCGGCGAGCCAUUCCGCACCCUCAUGAUCUAUCGCUGGAUCAAUCGUUAUCCCCUGUGCUUCCUCUGCUGCGGACUGCUCGCCAACGAGUUCGUACGAGAGUACGCGCAGGACGCGAAAAAGUUUCUCGUCAAUCCCUACUUCAGCCUCGUCACCGUUUUUUACGGCGUCCUCGCGGUCAUUCUCGUGGGCAUAAUCAUCUACUCCGUCGUGGAUUUAUUGUUUAGUUUUAUGUCGCCGCCCGAGCCGAAAGUGAAAAAUGCCCGCUAUUACGACAAACGGAGCGUACAGUGAUACGUAUUACGUACUUAGCCGCCGAUUUCGCAUUUUCGCCCGAUUCUAAAAUUGGGACAUUUUAAAUCUUGACGAUCUAUCCUGGCGAACGCGAGCUUGGACGUGGCUCUUCGAAGCUGCGUUCGAACGUAAACUUGAGAAAUAUUAUACAUAUAGGUUGAAUCACGACUCGCGCCGUCCACAAUCAUCGAUCGUUACAUUUACACUGCAAAAAUUUCCAUAGGUUCCGACGCGUAUUAACUGUACAUAUAGAUAAUAUUUUUUAUGUAAGAUAAUUUGUACAUAUGAAACUUGACUAAAACUUACGAUUGUGUACACUGUGAAAAUAACAUGACUUUUAUAUACUAGA